UUGUUUAAGUCAAAAGGGCCGCUUGCGAGCUUCUCAGUUUUUCAAUCGUUUCUUUCAGAUCCCGAGAUAUUAUAGUCAUUGCGAAUUCCAUCGAACUUUUUGAAUCCAAUCGAUGAUUAAAUUCGUUAACUUUUACGUGAAUUUUCUGGGUUUUUGUUUUAAUGACCUUGGUGUAUGAAAACAUAUUGAUGUAGCUUCUGGCGAUGAUUGAGAUGGAUUUCCCCAAUAAGAAGACAUGGUUGGAAAAAAUCAAGGCUGGAGUCUCGAAAAGGGCUCUCCUUUCGCCAAAACCCUAAUAUUUGGGGGUUUUGGAAAGAAAUACCAAAGGAGUCCGAGAAUUGGCAUACUUAAAAUUUAUGCCAUAGGCCUUUGAUCGUGGGGCUCCAUUUCCUUUCAAUUCGCUAAAUCUGCUGCUCUUCAUAUGUUUCAACAUCAAGGGUUUAAUUUUUUUUUCCUUUUACUGUUUCCAAUUUACAGUUAUCUAACUGAUUUAAAUUAUUGAAUUUUUGUUGAUAAAGAUUUUAUGAUGCUUCAAAUGAUUCUGUCCUGAUUCAUAAUUUCAGAUACGCUCCUUAUGAUUUUGACUUAGCUACAAUAAAAACAUUUUUUGCUUGAUAGAAUUGUCUAUUUCUUAAAGGUUUUUUUUUUCUAAUAUUGAUUUUGCUGUUAGCUUGAAUCAUUUGGUAGUUGUCUCUCUUUUUAGAUCUUUAUGAUGCUUGGAGUAUUUCUGUCCUGAUUGAAAUCUUCGGAUUCUCAAUUUAGGAUUUUGAUUGAUAUGAUGUUAUGAUCUUACCUUUAUUUUGUUUGAUUGGUCUAUACAUGUUUCAAAUGUUUUCUUUUUCCCCUAUCAUGCUUGUGCCAUUAGUUCAGGGCUUCUUUGGUGACUUGAAUUCAUCUGUCCUUAUAAUUUUGCGGAGUAUUUAUUAAUGAAGAAACAUGUCUCAUCGCAAGCUUGAGCAUCCAAGGCAUGAGCUCCGUUGCCAGGGCUGGGCAAAAUGGUUACCAUCACCGAACUGAAAUGAAUAAGAAAGUUUACAAGCUUGGGAAAGCUGGCCAUGAGUCUCAUUCUGCCAUGACUGACUAUGAUAGGUUCACCAAGCAUCCCUUGCUCAGGUUGCACUUUAUAUUUUAUGGUAGUUACUGCAAGUGAGAUAUGUUUAAUUGUUCUUUGCCUUUUAACCUAAUUUAAGAACAGAGAAAGGAUAAUUACCCCAAUGGGUGGAUUCCCCCAUUAUGGUGUUGGGAAAGAGGAUUAUUAGCUGAUCAAAGGCUGCUGUGCUGAGCCAAAGAAACGUGUUGUGACUCUGAGGCAAUCCCUGUUGCAUCAAACAUCUAGGGUUGCUCUGGAGGAGAUCGAGCUCAUGUUCAUUGAUACAUCAUCCAAGUUUGGACACGGUCGCUUCCAGACAACACAGGAAGGGGCCAUUUUCUAUGGGAAGCUCAAGGCUUGACAGGCUUAUCUGUUCCAUUUGGCUUGCUUUCUUCUUUUGGACCUUUGGUACAAUAUUGUAUUUAUUUUCUGAUUGCCCACAACCUUCAAUUUUGUUUGACUUGUCGAAGUUUUGUUCCAUGAUUUUGACAAUUUUUUUUUCUUAUCAUUAAUCUGCUGCAGAAUAUUGUGACCAAUCUUCAUGCCCACACUAUAUUAUAUAUAUAGCAGUUUUUUUUUCCAAGUUGCUGGUAAUCUCUUUUCUUUUUUUUUUUUCAUCACUAGUUUUUCACUUGGUGCCUUAUAUUGUAAAGUGAUGGUGAGGUAAUUCCGUAAUUGGAUGUGACAUGGAUUUGCAAUUAGAUGUUGAAAGUUGAAAUGUAGUUCUGGGUUCACAUUCAGCAUGAUAUUUACUUUGAGCCUUUGAAUCUUUAAUAAUCUGUCGAGUGGCAAAUGAAAUAGCCGAAUGAAGUAGUCUUUGUUAGUAAAGGCCUUAGGUCCAUGUCGUUGCAUUGCGGGAAAUGAUGGGACCUUAACCUUAUCUGCCAAAAGUAACCGCAAAGCCGCCCUUUUGUUUUCCACUCAAUCCAUUUUUCCAAGUGCUUAGCUUCCUCCUUGUUUAACGUUGGAGACUUAAAAUUGACAUUGAAAUAUAAAUUUGAUUUUAUAGAUGCAAUUCGUAAACUGAUUUGGGUUUGUACAGUUUAUUAUUAUUAUUAUUUGGAAAAUGGAGAUCAUACUCAAAAUCAUGUGUCUUAAUAUCAUAACCCUGACUUAUAGUCUUAUUCUCUUUUCUCUUUCCCCUGUGCAAUUUUACGGUCAUAAAAAAUAAAAGCUUUUGUCAUAGGUUUCAUUAGGGAGGUAGCAGCAUGAUUUGAUGUGAAAAAUCAAUUGCACAUCAACAUAAACAAGGAUAAUAAUCCAUUAUCCUUUUGAAUCUGUAUCUGAUUCAGCUAUGGCAUCAUUCCUACACGCGCAAUAAGAGAGAGGGAGGGAGGCACAUGGAAACAAGUGGGAGUUCACUGGUCAUUGAGGCCAAAAGAAAUAUAAAAGCAAAGCUAUGAGUGUGAUAAAGAUUAAAGAAGUGAUGAAAUCGUAGAUUAUUAAACCAAAACUCCAUUACAUAUGGGAUAUUUUAUCUUUGCUUUUGUUUUUUUUUUCUUACAAGACACAGAUAAAAAUCUUCUUGGUUAUAUUGUUGGUAAAGGAAAAGGUUGCUUGAGUAAGGGACUUGGUUGUGAAAAAGAAGGGAAAAAGAUAAAGGAGUAGAACUAUAUGCUUGCAAUCUGUUUUUUAUGUUUUUCUAAAUCUGCUUUAGUGUGCUUUCUGAUCAUGGGGUCCCCUUCUCUUUUUGAAAUAUGUCUUACAUGGAAUUGAUAAACAAUCAUCUUUUCUUGAAAUGACCUUUAUGCAUGAAUUGGCUUUGUUUAAAUUAGUCAAAAUUGAAUAAUAAAAGCAGACAUUCACAUUAAUUUCAUGUAGUUGAAUCAAAUUUUUUUCUCUUUUUUUAGCAUUUUGGAAUGGAUAUUUCAUAUUGUUCCCCACUACCCUCUCCUCCAAUCCAUAGAUGACUAGUAGCUGCAGAAUGAAAACUUAGUGUUACAUAAAUUUGUUUCUGUUCAGCUUUUGUUUUUAGCUGAGAAGGUUAUAGUCUAGGAAAUGUAAUGUAAUACUAAAUGAUGACUUGGUUUAAAUUCAAAGCUUUGGGAAUUUGAUUUAUUUUCGGAUGGGUCUAGAUAGGCUUUCACAUCAUUCUCAGACAUUUUGAUUAUCUUGUUGACAAAGAGUCUUACUCAAUGCAUCUUAGGUAAAACCACCUCUUUCUUUCUCAAGGGUCCUUUUCAUAAUUUAUGCUGCAAUUAUUGCUUCAUUUUUUUUUUCUUUUCUUGAAUAUAGUCAAGUGCGCGGGAAACAGAAAGAGAGCAAGCAAUGUUGGUCUGUUCAAGCAAAAAACUUAAGGCGGUACUAGUCUUUUUGAGAUAGGACUUCAAUUUUUAUUGUUAAAAACAUGAAAAUUUUGAAAAUAAUAGAGCUGUUGGGGCUUUAGUGUUUCUGAAUUCUGACAAAAGUGAUGGGUUUAUGGGUUCCUCUCACCAGGUUUACUUUAAAGAAAAAAAAUGAAGAAUAAUUGUGGUCUACAUCACCCCCUUUUCUAUCUCUUUCCUUUUUGCCACAGGCCAUUUUCUUUCUUCUAUUGAAUCAUGACAUUUCUGGUACUGCAUAGCUGUAAGGUAUUCCAACAUUGCUUCUCUCUCCCACAUCUUUUCCCUUAAAUAUUCAAUCCUAUUGUUAUUAUUUUUCCUUUUUUCUCUUGUGCUCCUAUCCUGAAAUUGUUUUUUGUUUGCUUUAAUCACAUGCCUAUUCAAUACAUAAUUUAGAAAUUUGUAUAUCUAUAACAUGUAGUUUCACCUUGCAGCAGCCUUUAGUUAUUGCAGUCUUAAAUAUUAAACUCUAGAGCUUUAUCUUUUUAUUUUUUUUCUUUCUUUGGUUUAGUAGGAGAUUAUGUGAGAUUUUACCAUUUUUCCCAUGAUUACACCUGAGUAGCUAUGUUGGCAAAUGAAUUAGAUCAGAAAUUAAUGAUAUCUAGAAAACCUUUAAUCCAGGAGGUUUUGCCAUAAGUAACUUUCCUUUAAUCUUUUACAGCCUACCUCGUGUAAUCCCCUCUAAUAUUAUGUACUAAUUCUUAAUGAUAGUUAUAAUCAUCUUUCAUGUGAAAAUUUGCUGAAAUAGUUAAGAGGAAAUGAUUGUUAUCUUUGAAUGUUUACCUUAGAAAUGCAGUUAAUAAUUAUAAAUUUUAUUGGAGCGGUUGAGAAAUGAUAACUUGAUAUCAUCCCUGUUAAGAGUCAGGUUUAAAUUCGUGCGAAUUAAGUGGGUUGAGCGGCAAUUAAAAAUUGAAAACUUUAUAAAGAAACCAAUAGGCCACUCUUUUUUAUUUCGGCUCUCCAGACAGGAAGGCCCAUGCUUUUGAUUUCUUUUGGUUUGCUUCUUCAGACAAGGUAUGGUAUUCAUUAAGAUAGGCAUCAGGAUCAUGUAACAUCAAGACAUCAAAAGAAAGUGUACUGCCGGGAUUAUCAUAUAACUUUGUCUUUACAUUUUCAAUUGGGUUAUAAAGCUAUGCUGGUCUGAGCCUGCUUUCUUUAAAUAAUUCAUUGAGAAGUGUGGGUGUCUAGUUUUUCCAGGGCAGUUGAACUAUAGGAUCGGAGGACUAAGAUCACGUUAGCUCCUACUUCCCAGGACCAAAAUCCAAGGUUUCAUUAACUUCUUUUAAGAACAGGUUAGUUUAUAUCCCUUCACUUGCAACACUGCACAAAACGCCGGAAUUGGAUCACCUGAGAGUCAUUGAAAAUCUGCUGCCUCUAAAUAUCCUUCCUUUCCUUCUUCAUCUCUUGGUAAGUUCUGAUAAGUUGGUUUUCAUUUGUAACGAUGCCACUGGCAUUCCAGUCACUGCUGCUGAAGUACUUAAAAUUAGGUGAAAUUUGCUGUGCAACUUGGGGUCAGUGACCUUUUUUCAGUGGCUUUGGUCUGUGAUAUCAACAGUAUUAAGUUAUUUACUCUUGGAUUAUAUAGAACAAAUAUUCAACUUUCUGAAUGUGUCCAUUCUGCCAUGUACUUACCUCUCUCUUAAAGUGAAGAAACCUCAGUAGUUAACUGGGAUUGGGCCAUUGUUCUAUGGCAGCCUUCAAGUGCCAUUCACAUCUCUAUCUCUCUUUCUCAAACAGAAUGGCUGAAAUAACCUGAAAACCAGUUUCCUUUCUUUCUCCAUCGGCAGUGAAAACAAUUUCAUCUUUCCUAAUGCUAACAUUUUUUUUUCCUUUUUGGCCUAGUCCAUCAGUUGUGAUUACUUUGGAGAAUUUAAUGAAACUACACUCCUGUCAUAUUUUCAUUCAUGAUUAGUUAUCUUAUUUAUGUCAGUGAUGGUAAUAAGUAAUAACUAGUAAGUCAUCAACAUAAGUAAUCUGUGCCCUGUAAGUGAAAAGGUAAACAAUUUGGGUGAGGUAUUGAGCUGAUCAUAUGGUUUUUCAGGAAGCCCUUUUUAUGGCCUUUCGUAACUGUUGUCAAUGUUUAAUCUCUGCUGUUGAAAUUUCUUGAGCAUUUCGUGGCACAGUCAUUGGCAACACUCUUUUCUCUUGUUAAUCAUUUGCGAAUUUCACCAAAUUCCACAUUACCAAUUUUAUCAAUUUUCGGAUGUCACCAUUGUUCCUUGCAUUGAAUGCAUUUUCUCAUGUAAUCACAAUAUUUACAAUUUGUUAUAGGUUGCAUUUUUCCCUUGAAAUAUGUUUUUUAUUAAUGUUCCUUGAUUGAAAAUUUUGUCCACUUUCUGUAUAUUAGAAUUUUAAUGAAUACUUUAAUUACUUUUUUAUAGAGACUAUGACAACAAAUGAAUGAGUAAAGGCAUUUUCUGAGAAGAAGAACCAGCAGCUACGCCUAUAUAUAUCUGCUUUCAGCAUGUUUUGAUCACUCACAAGUACUAUUUGUUCCUACGAGAAAGAUCCAAGGCCUUUUUGAAACAACUAUGAAUGAGUUUAGUACUGAAAGAUCAAGGCCAUGGAACAUAUACACAAGUUCAGAUCCGAGUCCAUAUCAAACAGUUGCUGAUAAGGAAACUCAGUGGAAAAACUUCGGAACAUCCAUGAAUGCCAUUUCUUUUGGCUUUGUUGCUACGGCCAUCUUGAUAUCAAUGUUUCUUAUCAUGGCCAUCUUUGAACACCUUUUUCGACCAAAUUCUGCUUUUUCUUCACCUGAUCAAGUUACUGAUGGUGCUUUAGGAUCUGAGAAACUUGGCAAUCCACAAAGGGUAUCGACAUCAUAUGCAUCAGAAUUCUCAGUAGUGAUGCCAGGAGAGCAACAUCCUACCUAUAUUGCUCAACCUGCUCCACUCCCUUGCUCAAGGGAAGGAAUCUAUUGGCCACACCAUGAACAUAAUUUUGUAUUUCCGUAGAGUGUACAAUACACCA